CCACUCCGAGAAUUCCCCCCUGCCUGCCCCUCCUCCCUCGGCGGAAACAUCCCACUCCCCGGGCCACCACCACCUGCCUGCGCGCCCACCAUCCCCGCCGCCGCUCCUCUUCUCCCCGGCCAGCUACCUCGCCCCCUCCCCUAGUUACUGCCCUGUUCUUCCCGUGCCCGCACAACCGGCUGGGCUCGGCUACCUCGCCGCCCGCUCUCCGAGUACGGCUUCAGCUCGAGGAUCUGGGGCCUCGGCGCGCGCCGGCCGACGGGACAGAUUUUGUUUGAUCUGAGUGUACUAGAGGACAAGAAGACAUAUCAAUAAUCAAGCUGCAAAAAAUUCUCUGAAUUGAUUUCAGAACUGGACAUGCUUGUCAUACCAGAAGCACUUGACAACUCGGAGUUUUAGUGCAUCCGACUCUUGUACUGAACCAGGAUGGCUGAUACUCCAACUUCCCGCAUGGUGCACCCCUUUGGCAAUGUCCCAAGGCAGACUCCCAAGCAAUUCCUGUAUUCUGGCAACACUCAGCACCUCUGUCAUCCAUAUCAGUCAGCUUCGGACACCCAUGUCGUACCACAGCAUCAUUACACCAUGAAGUCUCAUUCACCGGAUGCUGGCUCUGAAGAGUAUGAGACCCACAAGCAGUACACACUGGACUCCUCUGCAGCUUCUGGUUGUUCGAGGCAUGAUUCUCCCUCCAGUCAGAGUAUCCAUACUGGGAGUGGCAGCCCUCUAUCUCAUGAAGAUAGCCACUCCGGCUCCACCAAUGGCAACGGAUCACCUGUGAGCGCUUCCUGCGUCACUGAGGACCCUACUGAUCUGAAGCAGAAGCUGAAGGAUCUUGAGGCUGUGAUGCUUGGAACAGAAUCAGAGAUAGUGGAUAGCCUUGAGAUCUCCGUUGCAAACCAACUUUCCUUGGAACCGGAGAAGUGGGUGCACAUGAUGAGCAUGCCCAAAGGCAACUUGAAGGAGCUGCUGAUUGCUUGUGCAAGAGCAGUGGAACAUAGUAACACUUUUGCAAUCGAUCUGAUGAUUCCAGAGCUGAGGAAAAUGGUCUCGGUGUCUGGUGAGCCACUUGAGAGGCUGGGAGCCUACAUGGUGGAAGGUCUGGUGGCUAGGCUCGCCUCCUCCGGCAACUCAAUCUACAAAGCUCUGAAGUGCAAAGAGCCCAAGAGUUCUGAUCUCCUGUCCUACAUGCACUUCCUGUAUGAGGCCUGCCCCUACUUCAAGUUUGGCUACAUGUCAGCAAAUGGCGCAAUCGCAGAGGCUGUCAAGGGAGAGGACAGGAUCCAUAUCAUUGACUUCCAUAUCGCCCAAGGGGCACAGUGGAUCUCUCUCCUUCAGGCCCUCGCAGCCAGGCCAGGUGGACCACCGUUUGUGAGGAUCACCGGCAUUGAUGAUUCAGUCUCAGCUUACGCCCGAGGCGGCGGUCUGGAGUUAGUUGGCAGGAGACUGUCACACAUUGCUGGCCUCUACAAGGUGCCCUUUCAGUUCAAUGCAGUCGCUAUCUCUGGCAGUGAAGUGGAAGAGGGACACCUCAGCAUUGUCCCCGGUGAAGCUGUUGCUGUCAACUUCACCCUGGAGCUGCACCACAUCCCUGACGAGACCGUGAGCACGGCGAACCACCGGGACCGGAUCCUGAGGCUGGUGAAGGGCCUGUCACCCAAGGUGCUCACGCUGGUGGAGCAGGAGUCCAACACCAACACGGCCCCCUUCGCACAGCGGUUCGCGGAGACGCUGGACUACUACACGGCCAUCUUCGAGUCCAUCGACCUGGCGCUGCCGAGGGAGGACCGUGAGCGGAUCAACAUGGAGCAGCACUGCCUGGCGAGGGAGAUCGUGAACCUGGUGGCCUGCGAGGGGGAGGAGCGGGUGGAGCGCCACGAGGUGUUCGGCAAGUGGAAGUCGCGGCUGAUGAUGGCCGGGUUCAGGCCGUCCCCGCUCAGCGCGCUGGUGAACGCCACCAUCAAGACGCUGCUGCAGAGCUACUCGCCGGACUACAAGCUCGCCGAGAGGGACGGCGUGCUCUACCUCGGCUGGAAGAACAGGCCCCUGGUGGUCUCCUCGGCAUGGCACUAGUGUUGUGAGAAUGUUUGACCUGACGAAGAAUGUUUCUUGUGACUUUGUACCCCAGUCGUUUAGAUGUGUACGUUUGGCUGAACACUAGUAUAGGAAGCUAUGGCAAAACUGGGAUGGAGUAGAAUACCUAUAACCUGAUGUUGUAAUGGCAGUCACUACCAGCCUAGAACAGGUUGAUGAGGUGUAGUACAAGUUUGGGUAUAUGUUUAAGUUAAUCAGUUGUGCUUUGAAAA